AUCCUAGAAGGGUGGUUCGAAGCCCUAGUGGCGGUUGCUGUCCCCGCUCGAGGCCUGGCAGAGCUGUACGGCGAGGAGAGGGGAUGAGGGGGAGAAGUGGUGCUGCUGCAAGGCUGCAGACAUGAUGCCCACCCUGAAGCCGAAGCAUCGCCCCUUCUGCUUCAGCGUAAAAGGCCACGUGAAGAUCCUAAGGCUGGCACUAAGUGUGACAUCCAUGACCUUUUUUAUCAUUGGACAAGCCCCUGAACCAUACAUUGUCAUCACUGGAUUUGAAGUUACUAUUAUUUUCUUUUUCAUAAUUUUAUAUAUGCUGAGACUUGAUCGAUUAAUAGCCUGUUUAUUUUGGCCUUUGCUUGAUAUCUUCAACUCAGUAAUAGCGGCAAUAUUCAUGGUAAUUAUAUCUGUGUUGGCACUGUUACCAGAAACCACAAGAAUUAUAGCCUUUGGAGGGGAUCUUGUCAACAGUUUCAUUACGGCUGUGUUCCUUUUAAUAGUUGCCAUCCUGGCGAUGCAAGAAGUGGAAAGAAGGCAUUUAUUCUAUGUUGGAGGGAUCCAGUGUCUCACAGCAGCAAUCACGUGUAUCCUGGAUGCGAUUGUGAUCACCAAGAAGAUGAGGGAUAAAAUAAGAAGACUCCUGGGACUCAAAUAUGAAAGCAGUUCCUCCUUGUUCCUGGAACCCAAGAAGACACCUGAGCCACGACCCACUCCGGCACCCGGGAAAGCACCCACGCCGGCAGCGGGGAAAGCACCCACGCCCGCAGCCGGGAAAGCAUCCACGCCCGCAGCGGGGAAAGCACCCACGCCCGCAGCCGGGAAAGCACCCACGCCGGCAGCCGGGAAAGCACCCAAGCCCGCAGCCGGGAAAGCAGCCACACCCGCAGCGGGGAAAGCAGGCACGCCAGGAUCCUCAAAAGCACCCACGCCGGGAUCCUCAAAAGCACCCACGCCGAGAUCCUCAAAAGCACCCACGCCGGGAUCCUCAAAAGCACCCACGCCGGGAUCCUCAAAAGCACCCACACCAGGAUCCUCAAAACCACCCACACCCGCACCCUCAAAAACACCCGCAGCAGCACCCGCGAAGGCACCGGCGAAGACACCUGCAAAAGCACCCGCGCCGGCAGCGGGAAAGGCACCCACGCCGGCCCCUGCCGCAGACAUCAGGCGUGCAUCCACCCAGGCAUCCUCAAAGGCAUCCUCGAAGCCAUCCACGAUGCCAUCCUCACGGGCAUCCUCGGUGCCACCCUCGCGGACAUAAGCGUCUGUGCUUCGUCCCUCCCACUAAUCCCGCCACUGAGCUUGCAUGCUGUCACCCAUCCCGGCCCACACGCGAUCAUAAAAUCAGGGCUGCUAAGUCGGGAACAUUUGUGCUUCCUCGUGUUGCCUUGUGUGAAAGUCCAGUUACCUUUUUUUGCGCGGUGCCUGACGA